AUGCCGAUUAAUCAACCUAGUAAUCAAAUCAAACUCACCAACGUUUCUGUAGUCCGUUUGAAAAAAGGUGGCAAACGUUUUGAGAUCGCAUGUUACAAAAAUAAGGUCAUGGAAUGGAGGAAUGGAGUGGAGACGGAUUUAGACGAAGUUCUUCAAAUAAAAAAUGUGUUCUCAAAUGUAUCAAAAGGGCAAGUUGCGGCACAAGGUGAUCUUCAAAAAGCAUUCAAGAAUGAGGAUAUGAGUAAAAUUAUUGAAGAAAUUUUGAAGAAGGGAGAACUUCAAGUUAGUGAGAAAGAAAGGUCGCAUCAGAUUGAUAAUACUUAUCGUGAGAUUGCUAUGAUUGUUGCAGAGAAAUGUGUUAACCCGCAAACUAAACGACCAUAUACUGUAACCAUGAUUGAAAAAGCAUUGGGGGAGAUACAUCUCUCGGUAAAUGUGAACAAGAGUACAAAAUCACAGGCGUUGGAAGCGAUCAAACAGCUUCAGGAGAAAAAAGUCAUUCCAAUUUCACGUGCUCAAAUGCGUUUGAGAAUCACAAUGCCAAAUUCUAAGGAGACUAAGAAAGUAAAGGAAAAGUUGACACCUUUGAUUGCAAAUAUUGAGGACGAAAACUGGGAUAAUGAAUAUGAACUGAUAUGUUUAAUCGAUCCUGGGCAGUAUAGGACCAUUGGUGAUAUAUUGGAAAAAAAUAUAAAAGGAAAUGGUCAAAUAGAAUUGUUAUCUCUUAAUGACACAAGUGAAGGAGAUAUAAAAUUUUGA